UGGCUUUGUCCCAGUUUGUGUGUGCCACCCACGACCCUGAUGUUUUCUUGGUGCUCAGAAGCUGUUCCAGCACCAGGCCCCAGGCACCGGCGUCCAUCACCCCGGGGAAGCUGCGACCCGCUCUGGGUGGCUUUCCAGGCAGCCCAGCCCCAGCGGGACUCAGAGGCCCUUGGGACACCCUCCUUCCCAAUCCGGAGAGCGGUGGUUUGCAGCAGCGGCGCGGCUGCAAGCAGUGGUGAUGCCCUGUCCCUCCCCUCCACGAUCUCAGCACCCUUUGCACCUAAAGAGCAAACAGCAGGUCACUCACCCUGCCCAUGGCUUCGGAGGAGGCUGCUAACCCAGGAGCCCAGCCCGUAGCCCCUGCAGCCCCCGCCAUCGGGAAGAAGAGCCGGAAGAAAGGGAAGGAGAAGCCCGAGGCCAGGGAAGAUGCUCAGGAGGGAGGAGACGGUGACGGGGCAGGCGGCCGAGAUCAAGGGGCUCAUGCGAGCCGGGCACCGGCACUGGGUGACGCACAGGAGGCGGUGGGGUGCUUCAGGAAGGCGCUUCUCCUCUCCAGGGGUACGGCGAGCCCCCAGCUCUGCAGGGCUUGUGCCUUCAACCUGGGGGCUGCCUAUGUGGAGACCGGGAAGCCCAAAAGGGGCCUUGAGUUCCUUCUUCAAUCCCAGCCCUCGGAGGGGGAAAGCAGGGAGCACUUGGGGGACCUUUAUUUCAAUAUUGGGGUGGCUCAUGAAGGGCUCUGGGACUUUCCAAAGGCUCUGGAGUAUUUUGACAAAGCCAUCGGCCAUGACCGCGCGAUGGGUUGCUGCUACCUGGGAAUGCGGGAGCCGGCCCGAGCCGCACGUUGCUUUCUGGACGCCACAUGGACCUAUGCGGUGGCUGCAAGCCCCGAGGCUGCCACGGUGGCUCUGAGCAGGGCGAGCAGCUCCAUGCUGCAGAGCUGACGGUUCAGGGCAACGGAGAUCGUGGGCGUCCUCACCCAGUGCGCUCGCUCGCUCUGCGAGAGCAUCCCCAACCCAGCCCUGCGAGGGAAACUCUACAAUGACAUCAGCCUUGGCUACUCCCAACUCCGCAUCUUCUCCCUGGCUGCCGAGAGCUUCGAGCGGGCCCUUGUCCUCUGCGGUGGCGAGCCGGACCGGUGCAGGGAGGCUGCACUGCUGCAGAACCUGGGUGCUGCCCACAACGCCCUGCGCAGCUUUAGCACAGUGCUGGGCUGGCACCGGCGAGUGGCGGCACUGCACAGUGCUUUAGGGAACCGGAGGGUGCAGGGGCAGUGCUUUGGUAACCUGACGUACGCCUGCAGCCAGCUUGGGAACCACGAGGCUGCCACAGAGAACUACCUGCACGCCUUGCAAGCCUUCCGGGACUCGGAGGAUGUGCAGGGGCAGUGGCAAGCAUGCAAGGGGCUGGGAGUAGCCUGCUUCCACCUGGGAGACCCCCAGAAAGCCAUCGGGCACUACAAGGAGGCCCUGACUUUGCUUUCCCACUGCCAGGACACCCCCAGAGCUGCCCACGAGCGGAUUGUGCACAAGCUCACCAAUGCCAUACAGCACCAGCUCUGCCUCCAUGGCCGCCUCUCCUGUGGGGGUGUCUGGGUGCCCACCCCAGCCCCAGUAAGCAUCACCCCGGGGGAACCCGGCCAGCUGCGGUUUUGCUCCACGCUGCCCCACGCCAGCGGGACACGGCUCUGGGGGAGCAAGGCAUGAGUAGGAAAGCUGCCAUCAUGUCCCUCCUUCCUCUGUGGAUGAGUUCCCAGCAUCAACCAUGAGAUAAAUCUUCCUUUCUCCGACCCCAGGUCCUGCGGGGGGAAAGCCCAGCCUGGGGACAAGCUGUAUGUGCCUGUGCCGGGAGCACGUCCUGGCCGUUCAGGCAGAGGAGUGACCCUGACUGAUGGCCCUGCACUGGAGCUCCACAACCCACACGGACACCUGGACAUCUCUGUGAAGGAUGAGGAUGGUCCCAGCAUGGCUCCAGGGUGUCACAGUCAGCCCCAUGCUAACAGUAACCUGACCAUCACCCACCCGUGCCCAGCCCUGCUGCGCCACGGCAGCCUCUGGCCAAGGCAUCGUGACUGCCGAACCCUCCGGCUGAGGUCCCCGGAGUGCCCCACCAUCGCCGCCACCAGCUGCCGGUCCUGCACAGAGUGCAGGAUGCUGUCCCUCAUCUGCAGCUUCGUGUGAUGGUGGAGGACACCGGGAAGAUGACCGCUUCCCACGUUGGGCGGGGGGGCGGCCCGGGCAGCAGGACCCCGGCCUGGACUGCGUGUCCCCCCGCACCCCCCACCGGGGCAGAGCCGAGCUGCCGGUGGGAGCCUGUUCCCGGAGCCAGCACGGUUUUGAAUCCGGUCCUUUGCCGCCCUCCUUCCCGUGCUGGGGCCGGAGGUCCCGCGAAGGGCGGGGGGUGGGGAGGAAGGGGGCG